GUGAGAAAAUUAGACUUCUUUCUCCCGACGUUUCACAUUACAAAACACACAAACCAAACAAAAAAACUAGUAUUGUAAUAUUUUUUAAUUUUCUUUUCUUUUUUGCGAUCUGAAAAAAAGUGAAAGCUCAUCAAAGAUUACAAUAACGUAAUCUUUCGCUUUAGAGAUCGUUUCUUGAUUCUGUUUCUCUUUUUUUUUUUAGUUUUAGUUCUUCUUGAUUCUUUCAAAUGGAUGGACAUCAUCAACAUCAUCACCUUCAGCAGCUUCAAUACCUCAACAAGCAUCAUCAUCUUCAUCAUCCUCAUCCCCAAUCGCAGACGCCGGAAAUAGCGUCUCCGGUAGCGGGUGGGGAUAGGUUUCCACAGUGGAGCGUUGAAGAGACGAAAGAGUUGAUAGGGAUAAGAGGAGAGCUAGAUCAGACUUUCAUGGAGACUAAACGGAACAAGCUUCUUUGGGAAGUUAUCUCUAACAAGAUGAGAGACAAAAGCUUUCCUCGUAGCCCUGAACAGUGCAAGUGCAAGUGGAAGAACCUCGUCACUCGUUUUAAGGGAUGUGAGACAAUGGAGGCAGAGAUAGCGAGACAACAAUUCCCUUUUUAUGAUGAUAUGCAAACUAUAUUUACCACUAGAAUGCAGAGAAUGCUAUGGGUUGAAUCCGAGGGAGGAGUAGGGGGAACAAGCGGGACAGCAGCGAGAAAGAGAGAGUAUUCUUCAGAUGAGGAAGAAGAGAAUGUCAAUGAAGAGCUAGUAGAUGUUAGCAACGACCCGAAAAUCCUAAUUAAUCCGAAAAAGAACAUUGCAAAAAAGCGGAAAGGCGGUAAUAAUAGUAGUAAUAGCAAUAAUGGUGUAAGAGAAGUGUUAGAAGAGUUCAUGAGACAUCAAAUAAGGAUGGAGAGUGAAUGGAGAGAAGGAUGGGAGGCGAGGGAGAAGGAGAGAGCAGAGAAAGAAGAAGAAUGGAGAAGGAAGAUGGAGGAGCUUGAGAAGGAGAGGGUGACAAUGGAGCGCAUGUGGCGGGAUAGAGAGGAGCAACGACGGUCGAGGGAGGAGAUGAGAGCAGAGAAGAGGGAUUCACUAAUUAAUGCAUUGCUUGCUAAGCUUACUAGAGAUGGUUCUCUCUAAUCUUUCUCAACUAUUCUUAACCUAAGAUAAAAUGUUCUUUUUAUGCUUGUUUGGGGUGUAGUGUAGGUUUAAUUAUUUGGUGGGGGAAAUAGUUAGUUUAAACAUGGAAACACUCAACACUCUAUAUUGUUUGAUGUGAUGACAUUUUGAGUUUUUGUGAGACCUCAGUAACAUAUUAACCCCACAUUCUUUCUUUC